AUGGAUAAAAUUGCAUACCUUUGUGUCUUUUUAAUAUACAUAAACAUUGAAGCGAAAUGUUAUUUGAUUGAGAGCUGUACUUAUGAUAGGGAAAGAGAUGGAGUAAAAGUAAAUUGUUCCUCCCAGGAAUUCUUAACUGUGCCAGAUUUUUGUCAAAAUACCCAGGCUGUGAAAACUGUUUCCAAUAGAACAAUAACUAUUGACCCAUCUCAAAUUAUAGAGCUGGACUUAUCAAACAACAGUAUCGGAAAUUUCUCUCAGAAUCCAUUCUAUUGUCUUGAGAAUUUAAAAGUUUUAAAUCUGGAAAGAAAUGAAGUGAAACUUUCAAAUGAAAAUUACUUUAAAGGAUUAUUUUCCCCUCUGGUAUCAUUGCGUUAUCUAAAUAUUAAACACAACUCGGAAGAUGGAUUUAUCAAUGACACCGUGUUUGCAGAAUUGAAAGAAUUAGAAGUUAUUCGCAUCGACACGCCAAACGGAACAGUUUUUGGAGAACAUUUUUCUCAGUUAAGAAGACUGCAUAUUUUGGAUCUUUCAGGAAUAAAUGGAUACUGUUAUAUUAGACGAAUUAAAAACACAACAUUUCAAUACUUUCCAUUUCUGAGUAUCUUGGAUCUCUCAGCAUGCAGAAUCAAAAAUGUUGAUGUUGGAGCUUUUGGUAUUUUGGAACAUUUAUCAGAAUUGUUUCUUUCUUACAACAUAGAAUUAGGAUUUGCUAGUUUACAAAACAUAACAUUUAAUCUGCAAUAUACAAAUAUCAAGAAACUACACUUGGAAAAUAUCAGGUGCCUGGGAGGAGCCGACACACAACUGUUUCAGAGUCACCUAGAAUACCUUUCAAAUACGUCGUUAGAAGAAUUAAAUUUAGCAGGAAAUCGGCUACAAUGGAUUGGAGAAUGCGUCUUACAUAAUCUCCCCAAAACACUCCAAAACCUGUCUCUGGCAAAUAACAGACUAUCAGUGGGGAUAUAUUCUGUUGAUUAUCGCUUAUUGGAAGAAUUGAAAGUAUUUAAUGCUAGUUAUCAGCUAAACCUACCAAAUAUAACAACUAAAUUAUUUCAGAGGUGCGAUGAGAAUCCAGACAUACGUCCUUCUAAUUGCACAUCAGGCGCACGUGAUCAACUCUCUAAAUCUAAUCCAUGCAAAAUAAAAAAAGGUCAGGAUUUGCAUUUGGAGUACAAAAGGGCAAGUAAAAUUCAUUCUGAACUAUAUAUUACGUUUUAUGCACCACCAAAGCUUGAGAUUUUGUAUUGGACGUCAAGUCGUGUUUUUGGGGUUCUAGGCAAAUUCGGGGUUCAUGCACCAUCCUUAAGAAAAAUAUUCGUGCAAAACAACAUUUGGUACUCAUGGAAAGGUCCCGUUUAUGGAUUGGAGGCGAUAGAAGAACUUGAUCUCUCUCAAAAUUUUUGCUACAAUAUAUCAACAGAAUUUUUAUCCCAUGCUCCUGGUGUGAAAAUAUUAAAACUCAGAGAUAACAAUAUCGCAAGGAGUUUAUCGUCGGAUUCUAAAGGAUUAAUUUUCAGAAGUCAGAGAAACCUGGAAUUCUUAGACUUAUCUAAUAAUGAUAUAGAAUAUCUACCAGAGGAAAUAUUCAAAAAUAGCACAAACAUCAAGCAAUUGUUGCUGCAAGAUAAUAGGCUUAAUAAGUGGGGAGUGAAAAUAAAUCAUAUGAAAAAUUUAACAUUUUUAGAUUUGUCAGAUGAGAGUGGACAUCAUAUAAGACUAGCAAUAAUGCAUAGAGACAUGGAACCUCACGGAGAUCACGCAAAUAAUAUAAUGGACUACAUCAGUCGAAGUAAAAGAACAAUUUGUGUUGUUUCCAAGAAUUUUCUGGAAUCUGACUGGCAGGACUACGAGUUAAAUAUGGCCAGGAUGGAAGGAGUUCAGACAAGAAAAACAUUAAAUUUUGUGCAUUUAAUUUUAAUGCCAGAUGUUUGCAAGACAAGAUAUCCUCAAAAAGCUAGUGAUUUUAUAAAGAAGGGUUAUUAUCAAGAAUAUCCCGAAGAGCCUUUUGGAUAUCAAAUGUUCUGGGAAACGCUUAGACAAGAAAUAGAGAAAGACCUAUACAUUUGA